CCUUUUAAAAAUCUACCUACUUUUGCAUAUGCAUGAUCUUUAGUUACAUGAACAAAUCCUAGUUGUCAAAUAUAAGAUGACACUUUUCUCUAGUGUUUAUAGAUCCAAAUGUUGGAACAUUUUAUGGCUUUAUUUGUAAACUAAAACUGCUUUGAAAUGGUCUGGAUUACUGUCAGCUUCAGAUUUUCUCUUUUAUUAGUGUUUUACUGGUAUGUACAUUAAUCAUUGAAUUCAAAAUCCUGAAGUAUUUAGCUGUAUAACUCCAGUUGAUUUCAGUAAUGAGGUACUAAAUUAACAACCUACUUCAGCUAUAAACUGAGGGCAUACAUAUAUUUUACUGCUGUUUUGUAUUUGCAUUUUUUAGAAGCUUCUGGGUACUAUGCACAGCAUUAGAUGCUCUACUUGGGCCAUGGGCUGUAGCAAUUAUAUGCACGCUGGUUGAUUUCCCAAAUACUUGAUUGCUGAGAUUGUAUCUUCAUGUAUUGCACAUAAGAAGGCGGGUCAAUGUUCAGGUUGCAUGUGCAGCUGUGACUUUGUCACUUUGUGGUCUGACUAAAUCUCUAACUCUGUGACUUACUUUUCUCAACAAUUCGGAAUGAAAUGUCCAGUGUCAGGAGACAUGUUUAAUGACUGGGACAUAUCAUACAUACGACAUAUCUUCCACAGAUUUACUGGCCAGGUCAUAUCUGACCCCUGUGCGGGAUGAGGAAGCUGAGUCUCUAAGGAAGGCACGAUCCAGACAGGCCCGACAGACGCGCAGGUCUACACAGGGUGUGACGCUCACAGAUCUUCAGGAGGCAGAAAGAACUUUCAGCCGAUCUCGAGCAGAGCGGCAAGCUCAAGAACAGCAGAGUGAGAAAUCUGAAAGCACUGAAACAACUGAGAACGGAAGUGAGAGACAAGUGGAGGCCCGGCCCCGGUGGAGCAAAAACCUAGAUGAGGAGCCUGUCUAUCGACGAUUAAGGUGUCCUAUACAACCAGACAAACCCCCAGCACCAGUAUCUCCAUCUACAGCUGCCCCUCUUCUUUAUACAACUUCUUACCUGGCUCGGACACACAAACCUCUAGGCUCUGACUCUGAGAACCCAGCAGACUUCCAAAACACAGCCAUGGAGAUGGAAAAAAAUGAGUGUGAAGAUCAAGAUUUAGAUGAUAGAUCUCCAAACAAGCAGUCAAUUCGAGACAGGCGGCGGCCAAAGGAGAGGCGAAGAGGCACUGGCAUCAUUUUCUGGACAAAAGAUGAUGAUGAGGUUGAUGGUAAUGAGGAAAAAAAAGAGACUCGGCAUGAAAGACUUUCCAGGUUGGAACUGGCAGGUACAAACCCUACCACCAGUGACUCCUACAGCGAUCGUGCCUCCAGCCGCUCCAGCGCCUACACCCGGAGAGAGAACCGCUUGGCCUCUCUCAGCGCCAGAACAGAAGACGAGAGUAACAGGGACUAUAAAAAGCUCUAUGAAAGUGCCCUGUCUGAAAACCAGAAGUUGAAAUCAAAACUGCAGGAAGCCCAGUUGGAGCUGGCUGACAUCAAAUCAAAAUUAGAAAAAGCAACCCAGCAGAAACAGGAAAAAACCUCUGACCGAUCGAGUAUGAUGGAGAUGGAGAAAAGGGAGAAGCGAGCCCUUGAGCGGAGACUCUCUGAAAUGGAGGAGGAGGUGAAGGUUUUAACGGAGCUGAAGUCAGAUAAUCAAAGGCUGAAAGAUGAAAAUGGAGCGCUCAUCCGUGUCAUCAGCAAACUCUCCAAAUAGGAAAUUUGAUCAAAGGAAGGAGGAGGGGGUGUCUCUGCACAAGCUGCCAACCCUGCCACCAACCCCUUCAACACCUCUUGCCCUCCAAGCAGAAGUACUGCAAGCAUUGCAGAUAUGGGAUCAACUUGUCACCUCCCUCUGCUCCUCCCACCACUGUACAUUCCCUCAUUGCCCCCUAAAGGCACCCCCAGCUGUUUUACUAUUUUUAAUUUAAGCAUGUUGUGAUAUCUUGGGCAUUUUAUUCAAGAGGGAGAAAAACCUGAGGAUUAGGUUUGAGCGGUCAAGACUCGGCUUGUGGCAUGAAGUCGUGUUCAAAGGUGACUCCAGUCUGGAGUAAAGAAUCAAUCUACUGUAAUAAACAAUGCAGAAAUGAAUAGGGAAGUGAUCCAGCAUGCCCAAGCCCUUUUUAGGUGGUUGGGGGGUGGGGGUGGGAAGCAUGAGCAAGAGCACUGAAGUGUCAGCCUCCCCACUGGUGUUUGGGAAUCUGGUUAAAUGGUGAUGCUGUGAAAGCCAUGAGGGCUCAUUUCUGUGACAGACUGACAACAGCUGCUUUGCACAGAGAAUCUGUUCUCUUCCUGUUUGAGUAGCUGAGUCUCUCCUUAUUUAAUGUAAGAUUUUAAAUCAUUUUGGUAACUUCAUUUCUAAACCCUGCCUUUUGGAUCCCUCUUUCCCUGCCAAACCUGUGCAGCCUGGGUGGUGAUGAUGCAUCACUCUGUACUCCUUCCAGGAUAACUGUCUCAGUUACUGUCCAGGUAAUGGCAUUGCUAAUUAAAUCUUGACCCUUGCCUUUCGGGAUAGGAUUUAUCACUGGUAAAAGCCUCCAAAAGAGAAGCUGGGUCAGUAGAGAUCACCUGCUAUAUUUACAUGUGUAUGUAACAUCUGAGUGUGAAUAUCCAUACAGUGAGGUAUGCAAAUACAAGUAAGCAGUCCCUUUUUUCCAAGAGCAACAUGGAGCAUUUCUCUACUAACCUACUAUGAGAGGAGCACACUAAGCAGAUCUUUCAUGUCACUGUCAGCAGGCGCAAAAGCAAAUGAAAAUGCAGCAGUAGUCUGAGUUGGGCUUAAAGGGAGUUAGGUGGGAGAAGAGAUGUGUGCAGGGGAGGUAUCAAGAGGAUGGUGGAAGCUCCUGACACAGCUGUUUCCAGCUGCCUGAAACAGUGACCAAUUGUCCUGCUGCAUAUCAUGGAAGGGUAUAAUUAUAUUUAUUUAAUAGGAGCAAGAAUGAGUCUGUGCUCAGUGCAUACUGGUAACUGAAUCUGUGGAGUGAUUUUUUUAUUGCUGGAAGCUAGUAACUGGAUUUGACCUUGAUGGAAAACCUCAAAGGGCUCUUUCAUGUUAGAAGUACUUAAAACAGAUUGAAAGUGUUCUCUCUCGUGGGCAUUCAGAAAGCAGCUCCUCCAGAUGCUGGAUGCUUUUGAUUCUUAGCUUUUCUUGGAAGCUGGGUUAUAACAAGUCAACACGUUUGCUGAGCUUUGCGUAGAAGGGCUUCUUGCAAAGGCACACUCUGCCAGUGCUAGGGCAGUUGUAGCACUUUUCUGUAUCCAGGCCAUGUGCUUUUUGACUGACUUCCAGCUUUUUCCUUCUUACUUCCACACGUUCCAGUUCUCUUCCAAAGUUUGUUCUCAGACUUCAGUAGCUGUUGGUUUCAGAUGGUUUCUUCUAGUCUCCUCCAUUGUAUAUUUUGUAUCAGAACUUUUUCCAACUUCGUCUACUUUGCGUUACGUCUACACGCUUUCUGCUGAACACAACUAAACCAGACUUACCGUGGUCUCUGUUUGGGCCCCCACUUGGUUGUCCAAGUAGUCACUUGUGCUUCAGAAGAGAGAUUUUUUUUUUUCUUUUUAUACUCUGAGAAAUUCCCUCUGCAACACGGAUCUGGGAAAGAAGGGGCCAAAUUAUAGCAUUCGCAUCUUCUACAAUGCACUGGCUCCAGCAAGCACCUAGCCUUUCCUUGUAUUCCUUCUAAGAAUUGAGAGCCUUGGGAAUUGAAAUGAGUCAAUGCUUGUAGCCUCAUACUUCACCUACAUGCUGCUGUCUUUGUGUAAGUACUUGCUCUAUGUCUUUCAUCUUGUGGUCCACUUCUUUUGGAUGCUCCUCACUUCAGAUUUGAAUAUCUCUUGAGUCUGGAUAUGUCAAGAGUCUGGUCACUUCCUAUGUUGUAUAGGUUUCAUGCCUGUCAGAAGCCACUGAUAUUGGUGUGAAGGAUGUUUUCCAUCUGAUAUGCUAGUAUGUAAGCAUCUGAUCAGCACACAUCCUCCUGUAGGAGGGUCGGGAUCUCAAAUUGUUAAUCACUCUUCUUUUGACGAGAAGAGUGCCAAGAAGUAUGGAAAAUCCUGAGGUAUCUAGCCCCUUCUGCAGUAUUCAUUCUGCACUAGGAUUUUAGCUACUAUCUACUUGGAGCAUUACAUAACACUGUAGGUUGAAGGAAUAUCUCCUUAGCAUAUUUGCUCCUCAAGAAAAACCUGUAAAGGAUAAUAAGGGAUGCAAAAAGCAUGGUUCUCCUAUGUUAACAUGUGAAGCCAAGACACUUUCAGUUAAGUGUCUGUUUAGCACUGGGUUUUACCAUCCUAAUGUCUGGGGGUGGAACUUGCAUCAGUAGCUUAGCUCCGUUGAGUAGCCAGAACUGUGAGUAUUUUAUUGUUGCACAGUGCUGAUGAAAACCAACUUCUUCAGAGUUCCUUGGGUCUAACAAACCGCUCCUGAUUUUACUAUUGGAUUAAAGAGAAAAGGUGCAGGACACCUGGCUUUCUAUACUCAAGACUUUCAGUGGUGAAAAGCAGUUGUUUUUAAAAAAAAUAUCUAUUUUAAUCAUAACAUCAUCUCUUGGAAAGAACUAAAACCUUGUUCCAAGCAAUUGCUUGGGGACCCAUUUUUAUCCAAAGAACUUAUUGCAGCUGCAAGAGAUAAAUAGUUUUAAUAUGCUUAAUUUAUAGAGCAUGUCCUCCUGAUAAGUUAAGGAUCAUUUCUCCAAAAUUGGUAGAAUUCAGGGCAAUUUUUUUCCUUUUUUCCUCUACUGGGUAACAUAGUUCCAUUUUGGUAUGUGAAGGCUCAACUUUUAGCCUCCUAGGAGAUCAUACGAUAUACAAAGAUGACAUAGUUUCAGUGAUUCCUAGAAUUGUCAGUCAGACUCUAUAAGGAGGGAAACAUGGAAGUCAGGGUGUCAGUGUGCAUGCACAUGUGUGCAGCACACACACAGGAACUGUGAAGAUUACAGGGUCUGUAUGUAAAAAAAAAAAUCUGUCAAAUCAAGAAAGAAGCCCUUUGCUUUUUUACAACUACUUUCCUACCCAUACGAGGUUAACAUCAAAGCUGUACUUUAGAAAUGCUCUUGCACCUCUUAAGUGCUUGCUGAUCUUUUCUCUUCGUAGUCUCCUGCUGUAGGGUUAAACCAUGUCACCUUUGACUGACUUUAUGGUAAGGGUAACAAAGGGCCACAAACACUAACUCAGAAUGAGGAAGAAAUGUUUUUUAGUGUGGACUUGGUUUCAGGUUCGUUGCUCAAAUUGUGAAAUGAGUUGUUGAGAUGGGAACAGGUCUGUUUGGUAUGGGUGAAGCUGAAGGCUUGCUAAGAGAUGCAUCGCAGUUGUCAGAGCUUACAAAAAUAUGCUCUGCAUACAGGGAAUGUCUUGCAAGCUGUCAUAGUAGGAAGGUGCAUCUAUGUGAUGAGCUCAAUUGGCUGGAGAUUAAACUGACUUCUCUCGCAUUAAACUAAACGUUAAUGGGCUAGAGGUAAUAAUGGAUUUACCUCUGAAAAGUAAAAGAAAGGGCUUUUUAAAGAAAUGGAGGCAGAGCUGAGACAUCUGUAUAGGACUGAUAUUCAGUGUGACUAGGGUUCUGUUGCACAAAAUAACUGAAGAUUUUAUCUUGGGAAUGUGAGGCAGUAGUGAGAGCUACUCACUAUCAAUAUUGAUCCACUGUCAGUUGAAUUAGUUGCUCAUUAGUCUAGAGAACAGGCAAGCCAUGCUUCAGUCAUUCAGAGAGCAGCCUAUCUGCAGCAGUGCCUAUUUUUAUAAGUGUAGUGUGUGAGACAGAGUUUUGACCCUCAGUAAGUCAGCCAUGCAGAUUUUGGAUUGGUUAUUAUGUCUUUGAUAUAACUGUAUAGCACUUCCUUUGCACUGUUAAGUGCUUCAGGGUUUUUUGCUGUCAGUAGGGGCUUUCAUCACCAAGGCCAUCAAUCAUGGUAAUACUAUAGGAUAUGGCCCUAAUUACCAAUAAGUCAUUGAUAAAGUGCAUGCAACUCAGUGAUUGUACUAGGUUUUUAAACUGUGGUGUUUCCAUUGAUAAAAGGUUAGUUUGGUCCUAAUCUUAUUUGAAGGGACCUGAUUUGAAAGGAUUUGUGUGUCUUGUAAAUGUCUCAGAAGAAAAGAUAACCUCUUGGGCAAAUUCAGCUAAUCCAGUGUAGUGAACGAAUGUGUUUGAGUGUUGCUGGCAGGAAGCAACUUAGAUUGUUUUCAAAGCUGUUUUUAAAUUAAAAAAAAAAAGAAAAACAAAACAUGACUCAAUCUAUAACAGUCUUCUGCAGAGGAACAGAUUGUUCAGACCUGAUCCUGUCCAUCAAGCUUAGGUCCAAGGAAGCUCGCAAGAACUUCACCGUAUUAUUUGCCUAGGGUAGGCUGAAAAGACUGUGUCACUGCUAGAAUGUACUCCUUGCUAUCAGUCCUACCCAAGAUGAGUGGGACUGAUAACCUCAGCUUGCAUCUUUGUCCUUUCUGGGGCUUGUUUCAUUGAUUCAUCAGUGAGGUGAGGCUUCUAGCCUCCAAAGACAAUGGAGUCCCAGAACACAUUUUGAAAUACCAGUCGUUUUUACAUACGCUUCAAGGCUUGCGGUCCUCUCUUGUUAUCUUCCCUCCACAGUUCCUUGGGCACUUGCAGGCAUUUUGGGUUAUUUAGGUACUUCCUAUGCUACUUUAUCUCCCAUGUAUUCAUAGCACUUACAUUUCCUCUUGUCUUCUCUGAAUGAACAGACAGCUCAUGGAUUGUAAGAGGCUGCUGCUAGGACAAACAGCGAAUUUGCAGGAAGUUGGUAAGGGCAUUGUUUCCAUGACCUUCCUUGAAAAUCUAAAACUAGGUGUGGGAUCCUUCUAACACCAAAUGGAACUGAGAGCUGGUUAGGAAAAUGUGCCCCUUUGGAAGAGGAGUCUGUUGUCCUAUAUAGUCCUUCUCUUCCGUAGACCCGUGAACAUUGGAACAUAGGAUUCCCUAGCAAUAGCCUGCUGAAGAAAUGCCCCCCUUUGCUAGAAAAUGAUCACACCAAAAAAAGAAGCACCUGUUCUGUUGCCUAGACUUGGCCACAGCUCAUUUUUGGAGGAGGAGGAAGCUGGCUGGAGUUUCCAGACUAGAGUCAUCCUGGAGUAAACAGGCCUGGUAGCACCUGAUUGCUCCUGGUCAAUGGAAGCUGUCUGCCAGCAACGCACUUAUGUGGCCAUUCAUGAGAAUGAUUAUUAGUGCUGAACUGUAGGCACUUCUCCCAAAGCAAGGGAACAGUGACAUUUCACUAGUGACAGCUGCAAUCUGAGGCAGGAGGUCUGGUGCAGCUGUUCUACAUUGCUUGCUUUCAUGCUUGUACAUGUUGCUGUAGAUUCCCUUUUUCCACACAUUCAUCUUGGUUAUUCCUUUUUCAGUCAGAUUGUUAUCAUGCCGCCCUACCAGAAACACAGAACAGUUGUUAAAUUUAAGUUUGAAUCCUUGUAUCUUCUUUAGUUGCUAUCUUCAAAGAUAGUUGUUGUAGGAAGUCAGGUAGGUUUUAGGUCAGGAGCAAAAUGUGUUUUAAAGGUCUUGGAAAGUGUUGGUGUUUCUGGUAUGGAGCAAGUCCACAAUUUCAUUUUUCUGAGGAGCUGUUGAGGUCACUCCAGGGCCUGUAGUUCAAUCCCUGUCCUCUACGAGACUCUCCUGGAGUCACCAGCUCCGGCAGCAUUCCACAGAGAGCUCGAAGGCUGUGCCUGACAUUCGACCAGCCCUGGGGUCAGUGCUUCCUUCUCCCUCUCUUUCUCCUGAAAACAGAUUUCUCAUUUCUGCUUGGGGUGGGUAUUGGUUACUUCAGGGCUGUCCAACUCCUGGGCAGCCAGGGGCUGCACACACUACACGCUGCAGAUCCAGGGGUCACAGGCCACACAGGCAAGUAGUCCCCACCCUUGGCUCCACCCUGUCUUGUGCGCAGCCCUUCUACUCUCGCCCCCAGCUAGAAAAAACAAAAAGCUGCUUUGGUGCUUCAGAGAGUACCUGGGGCAACAAUCUGGAUGCAGCAGAGCAAAGUUGCCCUGUUUCCCCUUGCUUUUCAUAGGAAAUGCAGACUCUUUCCAGGAAAUGCCCUUACAUCUUGAUUGCUAAUCUUGGAAGAGAUGGAUUGACUCUGCUGGUGGUGUCCCACCUCUCCAAGCAGUAAGUAUGCUGUACUUACCUGGUUUAAGGAGUUUCAUGGCUCUUUGUAAAUACACAACUCAGAGAAAGCAGGACUAGCUUAUGAAAUGGGGGGGAAGAAUGUAUUUUUAUGCAACUUUGAGUGGCCUUUCAAACCCCGAGAUGAAUGAUUUGUUUUACUGGGUGUUGUUAUAUAGUUAUAAGUAUUAUGUGUUUGAAAGUUUGGGAAUAAUAUUCACAUCUAUAUGAUGCUUGUAAACACAACAGUAUUUAUAAAUGAAUAAAACAAAACUGUGUU